AUGAAGAACUUCAUCAUUUUUACUCUCUUGGGAACUGUUGCUGCUUCCCUCACUGAGGAUAAUGAUGACAGAAUUGUUGGGGGCUACACUUGUCAGGAGCAUUCUGUCCCCUACCAGGUGUCACUGAAUGCUGGGUCUCACAUCUGUGGGGGAUCCCUCAUCACUGGCCAAUGGGUACUGUCUGCUGCUCACUGCUAUCAUCCCCAACUACAGGUGCGCCUUGGAGAACAUAACAUUCACAAAAUUGAGGGUGUUGAACAGUUCAUUGAUGAAGCCAAGAUGAUCCCCCAUCCUGGUUAUAAGAAUUGGGAUUCUGAUAAUGACAUCAUGCUGAUUAAGCUGAAGUCACCAGCUACCCUCAACUCUCAAGUAUCUACUGUCUCUCUACCAUAGUCUUGUCCUUCAGCUGGUACUGAGUGCCUUGUGUCUGGCUGGGGCGUUCUGAAAUUUGGCUCCGAGAGUCCCUCCCUUCUUCAGGGUCUGGAUGCUCCAGUCCUCUCGGAGUCUGUUUGUCACAAGGCCUAUCCACGUCAGAUCACUGACAUGUUCUGUCUUGGCUUUCUGGAAGGAGGAAAGGACUCUUGUCAGUAUGACUCUGGUGGCCCUGUGGUCUGCAAUGGACAAGUCCAGGGUAUAGUUUCCUGGGGUGCAGGCUGCACUUUGGAAGGGAAACCUGGUGUCUACACCAAGGUCUGCAACUACCUGAACUGGAUUCAUUAGACCAUUGCUGAAAAUUAA